UAAAAUUCGCAGCCUAAUUUCCACAUACACAAAAUUUGCACUAUAAAGACUGAUCUAUCGAAUUGGUUGAUAAGAUUAGCAGUUAAGAAGAUGCGCUUAGUUAUAAGACUUCUCUGCUUGGUGGGUAUAGCUGAGUCUCUUGCAAUCCCUAAUUUUAGUUUUCCUGAUUUCAGCUUGAACAAACUUCAAUUUCAAAAAUUAAAACUCGAAAGCGAAUUGAAAUCCUUAUUCCCACCAAAUGAAAAAGAAGACAACAGAAUAUUUGCUGCUUUCAAUAGCGAUGAUACAGAGGAAGUGGUUGUCUUACCUCAUGAUUUGUUGAUUCGCUCAAAGCUUUCUCAACUUGGCCUAGGAGAAAUGAUAAAGCAUGGUUAUGAAACAAAUUUGAAUUUCAGUAAUGGGAUCACAGGUAAGUUAGAUGUCCCUAACGAUGCUAAGAACUUAUUUGUCUUCAAUACAACAAACAGUCUUGAAAAAGGUUCAGAAAUGAAUAUAACAGAGCAUUUUGUAAGAAAAUUUCCCUUCUAUCCGCCAAAAGUUUUGAACUUGAUUAACUAUUACUUGGUGGUUCCUCAGAAUUAUCUUGAUAAAAAUACUUUUGAAAUUAACCAAGAUUGCUUGUAUUCCAAAAGUAUUUUAAGAGUUCCGGUAUCAAAGUUACCGUUUUUCACCCACUCUAUCACAAAGGAUAUGCCGUUGAUGGUUUUCAUUUUCAAUGAUGAUCCGGAAUACAUAGAUAAAAGCUUUGAAUCAAUGAUUCAUAUUGAUAACCAUUUGGCCGAAAACAGAAAAAUUGCUUUCCUUGAUGAGUUGGCCAAGGAUUGGGUAAAUGAAAUGGGAUAUGGAAAUUUGAUAUAUUCCAUCUUUUGUACAACAAACCCCAAAGACUUAGAAAAUAGUUACUGUCUUAAUAUUGAAUCACAGUCCAGCACUUUACAUCUAUUUCCAGCAUUUCCUAGAAAAUUCCCGAAAGAACAAAAUAUCAAUCAAAACUUAACAAAGAAAGUGACUGUUUCCAACGAAUCAGAAGAAGAAGAAGAAGAAGAAGAAGAAGACGACGAAAAAGAUCACGAAGUACCUUUAGUGAAGGAAAAUUCAAAAGGCGAAGCUUUCAAUAUUCAAAAAGAUCUUGAAGAAACACCAUUCAAAGCACAGAUAUUCCAGCAAAUAACCGACAAGUUUUCCAGGGUUGGCGAAAAAAUCUAUGAUACGGCAUAUGAGUUUGCAGUCGACCCAAAAGCUACUUUGAGAGAAGCAGAUAAUUCUUUAGACCGCAAGCUAGGUAGAUUAGAAGACAAGCUUAAAGAAGUACCUGAUAAUAUGGAAGAUAAACUACAAGAUUUCAAAGACAAGACUCAAGAAAAGUUCGCCCUAAACCAUUCUUUUGACAAAGAUGAAGAUUAUAAACCCGAUUGGAGCGAUUUCACCCAAACAAUAGAGCAAAUCCAAUCAGACAGAUGGGAGGAUGACGGUGAUAAAAUUUAUGAGUUCGACCGUUAUAAUAACCAAGGUUUUGAAGGUUACUCAAAAAAGAAAAGGAAAUUGGGUGAAAGCAUAUUCUCAGAAGAACCGGAAUUCUAUAUCCCAUUAUCAGAAGUGAAGCAAGUAAUGCUGAUUCCUUUAGAAUCCCCCCGAAAAAAGAACUAUUCUCAAGUCGUAUAUGGAAUUGAUAUUGGAAAAGUAGAGGGAAAGGAUGAUUUAGUUCCGCAUUAUAAUAAUCAUUAUAGAAAUUCUACAAUUGCUGCAAAUAAAAUUAAAAGAGAAGAAAAAGAUUGUGUUGAGAUAACCUGGUUCAAUCUCUUCCAUUACAGCAUAUUUGGGAAACCCAACUUCUGUAUCAAAGAAGUUAAGCCCUGAGAUAUCAACCAAAUUACAAAUAUUAGAUAGUUUAUCCAUUUUUUAAAUAUAUCUUUUUUUUAG